CCUCGUAAUUCAAUGCGUGCGUGACGCGCGUGGAGCGUCGAACGGUACAGAUUUUUCUAGAUGGGCAAUUAUGAGGUAUAAAUAUGUGCCUGCGGCGACAUGUGUCAUUGUUCGUCACAUCAAGGAUCACGACAUGGCAUCUCGCCGGGAGCAGGGUUUGUCGCCUGAGGAAAUCGCCGCACUUUUGCUGGACGAAUCCGUCUCCAGUGGUGAUGAAGAGGAAUAUCUCGAUGAAGAGGAUACAUCUGAGGAAGAGGACGACGUUCAUCAAUUCGUCGAUGAACACGAGCCAUCUGAUGAUGAGCCAGAACAGCAAGAUCAAGCCGAGACAGUCCAGCGGCCGGCUGACCUGACUAGAUCACAGCGGAAGCUGCUGGAAGCGAACUUUCGUCGGCAAGAUCCCCGGCCUGCUGCUACGUAUGUUGUCCGAGAUCGCCGUCAAAAUGUGCUGGCAGAGUGGUCCACAGAGCCGCAGCCGGCACGUCGCCGCCGAGAUCUCGCCAACAUUCUCACAGAGCGGUCGGGCGUGUGUGGUCCUGCUCGUCGGAUCACUACAGAAAAAGACGCCUUCAAAUUGUUCAUCACGGACAGCAUGCUCAAAAAGAUCACGGACAGGACCAACCACAGGCUGGAGAUCGAGCGUGGCCGAGUGCGGGAAGCCGAAUUGAGACAAAGAGAGCAGCAUCUCUACCAGCCUACCACGGAAACUGAAAUUGAGGCUCUGCUGGGUCUAUUUGUGCUCCGCGGCUUUUAUAAGAAGCUGACGGUCAAGCAGCUCUUUGACCCAGUAACGGGACCAGCCAUUUUCAGGGCGACGAUGGGAGCGAGGAGGUUCGGCAUGCUCCUGAACAUGCUGACCUUUGACGAUCGCAGCACCCGUGACGAGCGCCGAAAGGGGGACAAGUUUUGUCCCCUGCGAGAGCUCUUCGAUGAACUGAACACGAAUCUCCGUCUUCACUACAAACCGACAGAGUGCAUCACGGUUAAUGAGAGCCUCCUGCGGUUCAGAGGGCGCUGCUCGUUCCGGAUGUACCUGCCGAGCAAGCCUGGCAGGUACGGACUGCUCUUCUACACCGCCGCAGAUGCCAACAUCAGGUACAUGUGGAAGGCCUGGCCGUACUCCGGACGCCCGCAGGAGCCAGACUUGUCGCCACCGAACACCACUCUGGACGUAUCCGGCAUCGUGCACCACCUGGUACAGGAGGUCAAGGGCUCUGGCAGGAAUGUCACAUGUGACCGGCUCUUCACCUCGGUGCCACUCGCUGAAGAGCUGAUGGCCGACAGGCUGACGCUCUUGGGCACUCUGAAGAGCUCCAGACGCCUCCUACCGAAGGAGUUGACAGUGGCGCAAGGGCGGACGGAAAACUCAACAGAAUUCGCCUUCCGACAAGGAAUGACAUUCGUGUCACACUGCCCCCGCCGAGGAAAGCUGGUCCUCGCCUUGUCGACUCAGCACCAGGCGCCCUUCGUCGACGAGGUCAGCGGCAAGCCGGAGAUCAUCAUGGCCUACAACGCAACGAAAGGCGGCGUUGAUGUUCUCGACGCCAUGAUCGAAUCCUACAUGGGGAAGCCACCACUACACCGCUGGCCUACGGCUGCCUUCUUCUUCAUGCUCGGCGUGGUCGAGAUCAACGCAACCACCAUACUCAUGCUCAACAGAGGACAGUCAGCUGCUGAUACGAAGAGUGGCGUCCGGCGUGCCCUCAUCUAUGAAAUGGGAAAACAGCUGGUCAUGCCUCAGGUGCACGAGAGGACGGCCAACCCCACUGGGCUGAACAGCAAGUCACUGGACGCCCUCAGGUGUGUCGCCACGCGAGACACCGAAGACAGCAGGGAAGCAGGAGGACGUGAUCUAGGCUGCAGUCGCAGCCGACCUAGUGGCAGCGGCGACGUGGCGGCUAGCUGUGCGGCAGGCGGUAGCAGUGGCACUCAUUCAGGUGCAUCCUCCGCAAAGGGACGCUGCUGGGCAUGCCUGGAACUUCUGGUGGGAACUCCUAGCUACAAGCAGCAAAAGUCCCAGCUGACCAAAAAGCCGCCGUGCUGCAAGUGCAUGCGGUAUGUUUGUGAGCGCCACAGCACUGUGACCCGUAUAUGCAAAGACUGCAAAGCCGAUGGCAGCGCAUGAGAAAGCGACAUUCGUGAG